AUGACGGUGAUGGAGGAAGUUGUGGAGGAAAACGAAGUGAAGCCUUUGACUACCGGGGAAUUGGAGCAGUACGAGUCCGUUUCUGAGUCAUCCGACUCUGACUCCGACGACGGCCUUGAAGACGAGGAAGAGGACGGUGAUGAAGACGAGGAUGAUGAUGACGUUGAUGUCCAGGAGGUUGUACAGUCCUCUGAUGGCCCUCCGGUUCAAUCAAUAGACGAUGAUGAUGAUGAUGACGAAGAAGACGACGAAGAAACGACCACCACUUCUGACAAAGCAAUGAAACCCGAUCAACACUAUCUCAACAAAGGCUAUAGCGAGAAAUAA